CUAAGACUGAGCUAACACGUGUUACUUGCUUAAUCCUUACACUCAAAAAGUCUAAAUGUUAAUGGUAUUAAAAAUUAUUCACCUUGUUUGUUAUUCUUAUUUCUGCAAAACCAGACAACAAUUCAGUAAUCAAAAGGACACAUACGUAAGUUGAAAUUGGAAAGAGUUCUUCACCAAAGCUAACUUGAUCCUCACGAACGUCUCCUAAAAUAGCAAUCUUCAGCUGAAGAACAACACACGCCUCCUAAUAAACUCGUUGUCUUUCUCACAUACACAAAACCAAAUUUAGCAAAAUGGUUAUUAUUACCUUUCUCCCUCCUUUCGGAAAUUGCCACCACCAAUCAAACAAUCUACCUUCUUCUUCAUUCAUCAUUCACUUCUCAGAAUUUUGAGAAUUUUGAAUUGAGAAUUGCGAGAGAGAUCUCAUUCUCCCUCUCGCAAUUCUCCGUCCCCUCGAAUCCAACAAAAAGAUUUUAAUGUAAAAUCACUCUAUUGAUCCACAAUGUCGAUGAUGUUCCCAUCGUUUCAGUUGCUAGAACUUAACAUAAUAUCAGCUCAGGACUUGGCUCCCGUCGCACGCAAGACAAAGACUUAUGCGGUUGCUUGGGUUCAUUCCGAACGUAAACUUACCACCCGUGUCGACUAUAAUGGCGGAACAAACCCAACUUGGAACGACAAAUUCGUAUUCAGAGUCAACGAAGAAUUUCUCUACGCUGAUACUUCAGCAGUGGUUAUCGAAAUAUACGCCUUGCAUUGGUUCAGAGAUGUUCAUGUAGGAACAGUUCGUGUCCUCAUUAGCAACCUCAUUCCUCCUAAUCGCCGUCCAGGAUACAGAACCAGCAACAAUGAAUAUCGUCGUACCCCACCUCCAGGAAUGAGAUUUGUUGCGCUUCAAGUUCGUCGUACUUCAGGUCGACCUCAGGGGAUUUUGAACAUUGGUGUUGGAUUAAUUGAUGGUUCUAUGCGGAGUAUGCCGCUUUAUACGCAUAUGGAUUCAUCUGCUGUGGGAUAUAGAGAUUUGCUCGGAGAAGAAGAUCAUCAUCUACAACAUUUGCAUUUAAAUAGCAACAAAGGGAGCUCAAAGAAUCCACAAUCUCCAUCUUCUCGACAGUACCAAUCCGUAAUCUCAAGGCCUGAGCUCCGUCGUACGAAGAGCGAUACAAGUUCUAUGGUUGUUUCGGAUCUUCUUAGCAGGGCUGAACGGAGUCGUUUAGCUAAUAGACAACCAGCGAGUGCAAUAGUGAGCAGUGAAUCUGAAACUCUUCCCACCACGACAGAUUCUGAUGAGAAAAAAUCGAGUGAGUAUACACCUCCUAGUAAAAACCUUAGAGUUCCAAGGCAACGAUACAAUUCGAUUGAAUCAGAUCUCAUAAAUCCGUCGCCAAUGGAGAACCACCAUGUGGUAGUGUCGAGAAGGGAGAGACAUGAUGUUAUGCCGUAUAGUUCGUAUCAACAAACAGGUAAGACACCGAGGAAGAAGACAAGGAUCGAGAAACAAAGAUCAGUGAAAGAUUACGAUCGUGGCCGAGCUUCCCCGUACUUAUCGAAGCACGGAACACCAUUGAGAUCAAACAUUAUCGCAUCUACUCCGAUGAGAUCUAACGGAGUUGGAUCAACUCCUAUGAGAUCCAACAUCAUCGCAAUGUCACCGAUGCAUCCCAACAUGGUUGGAUCGACUCCAAUGCGAACUCCUAUGCGGUCUAACAUGGUUGGUUCGACUCCAAUGAGAUCAAACAUCGUCGGAUCAACCCCGAUCCGAUCAAACUACAUGGCUACACCGAUGAGAACUCAUCACGAUUUUGGUACACCAGUGAGGAAUUUAGCUGGAAGACGAAUCUUAACUGAAUCGGAGUUAGGACCAUCGCCAUCUGAAGUGGCUGACAAAUUGGCGAAAGAUAGAUCGCACGAAACGGAAAGUUCAAUACUCAGCGAAUGGAGCAUCGAUGAAUCUAGCAUCGAAGGAUUGCGAUCAAAACUCGAGAGAUGGCGAACAGAGCUUCCACCGUUGUACGACAUAGGAUCAAGCCAUAUAAGUAGCACUGAUUACGAUGGCGCGAGCGUUCCAGCUGCAACUGCCGGGGGAGGAAUGAGUUCAAGACGGAAAACUCCGACGACGAAAAAGCAUAACCGCCGUCACACAGAUGGAGGUAAUGGACUUUUCUCGUGUUUUAGUAAGAUUUGUGGUGUGGAAUGCAGUUUCGUAUGCGGUGGUGGUGGUGGGCCGAUGGUCUCAGAAGGAUCUACUAAGAAAGGUGGAGCCGGACGUGUGCAACGCACAUAUUCCGCUGACGAUCUGAGCUUUGUGUGAUCUUUAUUUUAUUGGUCUUAUAUUAACUUUUAUUUUUUUUGGAAAACUAUAUUUUUUAAGGAUCUGAGCUGAUGAAUUAAUCAAAUAGUAAACAAAAAUUAAUUUAUUAAUGUUGUGUUAAUAAAUCAUUUAUUUUUG